AUGGUUCCCCUCCCAGAAAAGGUCGCCCUUGUCACCGGUGCCAAUGGUAUCAGUGGCCAUGCCAUUGUCGAGCAUUUGAUCAGGCAGCCCAAAAGCGAAUGGUCCAAGAUUAUCGUCUCUUCGAGACGGCCCUUGGCUAACCACUGGGUUGACCCUCGUGUUGAAUUCGUAGCACUCGAUUUCCUUGACCCUGUUGACGUCAUCAUCAGCAAGAUGAAGAACAUCUGUGCGCCCGUUACACAUGCCUAUUUUACAUCAUAUGUUCACGAUGAUGAUUUCAAGGUCCUUCGUGACAAGAAUGUCCCCUUGUUUCGCAACUUCAUGGAUGCGUUGGAUACUGCGUGCCCGAAAUUGGAACGAGUGUCUCUUCAGACGGGCGGCAAGUAUUACGGUGUCCAUCUGGGACCCGUGAAAGUUCCCCUGGAGGAGGACUUCCCCCGAUAUGAUGAUCAAGGAUACAACUUCUAUUACUUCCAGGAGGACUAUUUGCGAGAAGUCCAGAAACGACGCAACACCUGGUCGUACAACAUCAUUCGACCGAACGCAAUCAAUGGAUUUGCUCCUCAUGCAAACGGAAUGUCGGAGGCUCUUACCAUCGCGAUUUAUCUUCUGAUUUGUCGCGAACUCAACCAGCCGGGCCAGUUCCCAGGAAACGAAUAUUUCUGGACCUCGAUUGAUGACAACUCGUACGCGCCCAGUCUAGCGGAUCUGACUGUGUACGCGACAACGAAAGACCACUGCAAGGACGAAGCGUUCAACCAUUGCAACGGAGACGUCUUUGUGUGGAAAUAUUUAUGGCAGGAUGUUGCCAAAUACUUUGGUGUUGAGGUCCCCGAGCCAAAGUUCGAAAAGGCAGCCGGUCAAGCCAAGACCCUGAGCAAUGAGAUUGACAUGGUGGAGUGGGCCAAGGACAAGCGCCCUAUCUGGGAGGCCGUCGUCAAGAAGUACGGGGGGAAAUCUGAAGCAUUUGACUGGGGUACCUGGGGAUUCUUCAACUGGGCCACAGGAAAAUCAUGGCUGACAAUCUCAUCAAUCAACAAGGCAAGAAAGUAUGGCUGGACCCGCACGGAUAACACUUUCGAUACGUGGAUUGAGACCUAUCGGUCUUUUGAAAACGCCGGCGUCCUUCCUAGCCAUGCUGCUCUCAUGGGUGAACAGUGA